AUGGUCUCCGCGUGGUGUAUAAAUCGCUGUCGAUAUGCUGUGGAUUUCCCUCGUCCGUUGUCAUAUCAGACUGGUGGUCAAGCAAAACCAAUGGAGAUGCUUCAGGAGAUCGAGCCACGAGCUGGCCAGAUGGCAAGCUCCGAGCGGUCGUCUCCUUUCCUUCGGUUACCUCUUGAAUUGAGACUCAUAAUCUACGAAUACGCACUGGAAAUCCCAAACGACUAUAUGGACCGUCCGUUGAUCGUAGUCGACGACCGAGGAAGUGCAUUCACAGCCCGGGGACGAUACCGUGCCCUGAGUAUGUGUCCCAGCUGGGUGGGCGAGAACGGCCGGGUUCGAAACCUGCUGUCCGUCAAUCGACAGCUGCAUGACGAAGUUGAGGACUUUGUGUAUUCUCACAACGCGUUAUUUUUCCGCAACUCGUUCAAUCUGGACCGCCUCGGAGCCUUCCUAGAUACCUUGAGUGCCACCGCUCGCAAUCGAGUUCGCAGCGUCGGGUUCGAGGUUUUCUUCUUCGUCCAUUCGCAGACCGGCGUGCCCAAGCGCAACUUGAAAGAGUACGAGCGUGCAGGACGCAUGUUGAUGGAGAAACUACCGAACUGGACUACCGUCCUCCUGUACAUGGAUCCCCGAUUCUAUUUUCCAUUAGCUGUGGCUGGAGGUCGAGAACUGUCCGAGUUGUCGGCGCGAGGUGUCUGGUAUCUGGCGACUGUUUUUGGAAAGAUGCAUAAAGAGCUCCAGUUCUUUGCAUUGCCAUCCGUCCAUCGGCACGUUAUUAGCGAGGCUCAAGGGAUGCUUUCACAUGGGGCGAUGACCUUCUAG